GGAGGACGAGUUUAUCAUUUCUUCCGCGAAAACAGUUCACAAGCACAGAUGUGAACAAAGUCUUAUGAUAGGUGAUUCAUAUUUUAGACCCCUGUCCGGGGAUGAAAAGGAGAAUAUUGCACCAGUUGUGAAGACUACAUCUGAGGUGGGUGAUGUUUUAGAAUAUACUGAAGAGAAUUUUAAUAAAAUUUCGACGAGCACAGAUGUGUAUAAUUUACGCAAGGAUGUGAGACCAGCCAUGCCUUUGAGAUCAGAUGUUAUGCGCAUAAUAAGGCAAAGCGGUCAGGUGGUUGAAUACGUGGAUUCAAAUACAGGGAUAACCAGCAGAAUUUGCUUCACCCCGGAAUCACAGGUUCAGUUAUAUCGGAAAUAUGGAGAGGUGGUGUGUAUUGACUCAGCAUACAAUACCAAUAAGGACGGAUAUUCUCUGUUUCAGUUGAUGAUAACGGACAAUAUGGGUCAUAGCAGGCCUGUUUUUUGGCAUGGACGAGACGAGAGAGGUCAUGUGAUGUGGCUUGGAUAUUGGAACAAUUCCAAAGAAUAAUGCAGGAUACGUCCAUUACAGAAACUUUCGUAAUGGAUUCGGCCAACUGUGAGAUAUCCGCCGUGCGUAAUAGUCAAAUUCAGGCGAAAAUCGUCAUCUGUGCAUUUCAUGUAUGCCGGGCUUUCAGCAGGAAGGUGAGGUGAAUGUAAUUAAUACUUGAUGCAUUUAGACUCGAAAUCCUUUUGUACGCAGGUUUUUAUAUCGUCUUGUUAAAGCUGCUACACCCGAAAGGUAAAUGCAUUGAUUUCUAACCGUUUAGAUUUCAUCACUACCUUAGUGUCAUUAGGAUGGUUGAUCGGAGGGUGUGGAAU